AUGCAUCAAUUUCCGGAGCUGUUCGUGCUUGCUAAGAACGACGCAUUGCCGGUAGCGGAUGCUGGCAGAUUUGAUGAUUCUGGGUGGUGCUGGAAGACGGUAGAAGAGCUGUUUCACAGUGGCAGCAACAUCGGUUUUUUAUGGAAGGAGCUGAUCGAUCAAAUUGUUGGUUUUCGGCCUACGGAAGGGAGACAAGACAGCUUUACAUGGGGCUGCAACAGUGAAGGAGUUUUCAAGGAUCAUCAAAGGCAAAAGACCUUGUUUCAGUUAUGGAACCCAGCCACCAACACAUCAUCUAUUAUAUUUAAGAAACACUUGGAUUAUCUAUGGUUUUCCAAGUGUUCAUUUGGUUACGAUAAUUUAACUGAUACUUAUAAGAUUGUGUAUUUCCAUCCCAAUAAGUUUGAAAUACUUAGCUUCGGCUGUAAUGUUAGGAAAAUUAUUCAACUUCCUAACUUGGUUCCUUUAAAUUGUUGGGAUCGUGUUCCAACUAAACGCGUCUUUCUCAAUGAAGAUGUAUCUUUGAAUGACACUAUCAUCUUGUUGGCCCGAGAUAUUGCUCAACAAAUUGUGAUUAUCUCGUUGAAUCUGAGUACCGACACAUAUAGCAAGUUACUUCCCCCUCAAGAUUUUGUUGAAGUUUCACUUCAUUCCCCAACUCUUCAUGUGUUAGAAGACUCUCUCUAUUUUAGUCACCAUACUCAAGAAACCCAUUUUAUUAUAUGGAAGAUGUCGGAAUUUGGAAUUGAAAAUUCUUGGACUCAAUUUCUUAAAGUAAGUUAUCAGGAUUUGAAUAUUCCUAAUCAAGAUAAAUAUUUUCUAGCCCCUUUGUGCCUUUACGAGAGUGGUGUCGCACUAGUACAAGCAGCAAACAGUGGUCGAACGGAAGUGAUUCUCUAUAAUUGGAGUGGAAAUAGAAUUAAAAAAACUAGAAUGGACAAGUUAACUUCGUGGAUGUUUAACCAAAAUUAUGUUGAAAGCUUGGUUCCCACUUAG